ACUCAAUAGCUAACACACAAAUCAAAUAACAGAAUGCAACUGCUUCGCAUAUUCUUGCUGCUUUUGGCCAGCUUGAGUCAGGUGUGGGCCUACUCCUAUUUAUUGAUAUCACAUACGGCGGCCAAGUCGCAUUUCUAUGUGGGUCAGGCGUUGGCUAAGGGUCUGGUUGCCGCAGGACAUGAGGUCACGGUGAUCUCUCCGUUUCCACAAAAGAAACCCCUCAGGAAUUACGUUGAUGUAUCAACACCGAGCAUUAUACCAAUCAUGGAAGUGAACAAAGCCAGAAUAUUUGACAUUGCCAAAAUACCUAUUGCGUUCCGCCUCCCUUUAAUGCAUGCCAUGGGCCUCAAUCUGACACGAGCCUUGAUGUCUGAGCCUGCAGUUCAGACACUAAUCGCACAGAAUCGCACCUUCGACGCGGUCAUUUGCGAAGUCUUCAUGAACGAAGCGCACUACGGCUUUGCGGAGCACUUCAAGGCGCCACUGAUAGCAUUUAGCUCCUUCGGCGCCUCCACUUGGAGUACUUCGCUGGUUGGCACGCCAUCGCCACCAUCCUAUGUGCCACAUUUUCUACUUCAGUUUAGUGAUCACAUGAACUUUCUUGAGCGUGCACACAACCUCAUCUUCACGGCCUAUGAUCACAUUUUCCACAAGUUUUAUUAUUUGCCCCAGCAGGAGCAGAUCUAUAACAAAUACUUUCCCAACAACAAGCAGGGCUUCGAUGAAAUGCGCAAGAACACAGCGCUAGUGCUGCUCAACAAUCACAUUUCCCUUGGAUUUCCACGACCCUAUGCACCCAACAUGAUCGAAGUGGGGGGUAUGCAUAUCAAUCGGAAGCGGCAGCCCCUGCCCCAGGACAUUGAGGAUUUCAUCAAGGGUGCUAAGAAUGGUGUCAUCUACUUCUCAAUGGGUUCAAACUUGAAGAGCAAAGAUUUGCCCCAGGAGAAACGUCAGGCUAUAACCGAAACCUUUGGCAAGCUUAAACAGCGGGUGCUAUGGAAAUUCGAGGAACCCAAUUUGGCCGGAAAGCCAGAAAACGUAUUUAUCUCCGACUGGUUCCCGCAGGACGAUAUAUUGGCGCAUGAGAAUGUCGUACUGUUCAUCACGCAUGGCGGUCUGCUGAGCACCACGGAAUCCAUUUACCACGGCAAGCCUUUUGUGGGAAUUCCUAUCUUCGGCGAUCAGUUUGUUAACAUGGCCCGAGCUGAACAGCUGGGCUAUGGAGUCACAGUUACUUAUAGCAAGCUGACUGCUGAGACGUUCGAGAAUGCAAUUAAGAAGAUACUCACUGAUCCGCAAUACGCCCAGCAGGUGCGUGAGAUAUCUGCCAGGUUUCGGGAUCAGCAUGAAACGCCCUUGGAACGGGCUGUCUACUGGGUGGAGCAUGUGACGAGGCAGAAGGGCGCAAAGUAUCUAAGAAGCGCUGCCCAGGAUUUGACCUUUAUAGAAUACCAUAAUUUAGAUGUUUUAGUUAUGAUCGUCGGCGGAUUGGGAUUCAUUUCGUUUGCUGUUGUUUAUAUACUGGUAGCUUUCGUAAGACUGAUUCAUAGAAUAUUGCGAGGUAAAUCUGGAAAAUUGAAACUAAAUUAAUUUUAAAAAAUAAUAAUAUUCUUA